CUCUGAAGCCCAAGAGAGUAAUCUCUCUCAAAUGGGUUACGUUCAUCUGCAUCUUCUUCUUCGUCUUGGGAGCAAUCUUCACCUCAAAGUCAUGGGAGCCGUCGUCUGAUUCCAGAAGCCAACUAAUCUCACAGCGCGGUCGUGAUCAUGAACUCCAGAUUGUAUCAGACGAUUGUGCUCAUAAGAAACGUUUGCGUCUGGAUUGCAAAGUCAACGGAAUCAUGGAAGAGGUGAGGAAGAAGAAGGACGUAUACUCGGUGUGGGCAUUGCCGGACGAUGAAACGGAGCCGCGGUUCAGAAAGCUAAUGGAAGCUCUGAGAUCCGAGUUCUCUGGCCCAAGAUUCGAUCCACACGUCACCGUCGUCGGAGCCACGAGUCUGACGGCAGAAGAGGCGAAGAAGAUGUUCGAAUCAGCUUGUGACGGUCUGAAAGCUUACACCGCUACGGUAGAUCGCGUCUCCACCGGAACUUUCUUCUACCAAUGCGUUUUCUUGCUUCUCAAAUCCACCCCUGAGGUAAUGAAAGCUGGUGAACACUGUAAGAACCAUUUCAAGUGUUCCACUACCACACCUUACAUGCCGCAUCUGAGUCUGCUUUACGCCGAGUUAGAUGAAGGGAAGAAGAAAGCGCGGGAGAAAGCUUACACACUCGAUAACAGCCUCGAUGGACUGAGUUUCCGGUUAAACCGACUUGCUCUCUGCAAAACCGAUACAGAAGAUAAGACUCUCGAGUCAUGGGAAAAAGUGGCUGUGUGUAAUCUCAAUCCUUGAGAAAAAGAAAAAAAAUACUAAAAGUUCGGUUCUGAGUCUGUAGUAAAAGUUCUCAAUAUACUUUGCGUAAGAACUCAUGUGUACCCAUCUCUUCUUUACUCAUCGAAUAAAAUUACGAUACUAAUUCGCGGCAUA